ACAUCGCUAGUAAUUUUGUGAUAAUGUUUAUUCGGAAAUUGUUAAGUGUACGCUCCCAUUGCCUUCUACGACGUUGGGCCAGCACGGAUCCGCUCAGUUUUCAGAACGAGAAGCUGCAAGGCUAUCUGGAGUCGCUGCGUCAGGAAUACUACGCGCUGCGGGUGAGCGCAGCCGGCAAUAGCAAGGAAUAUGCACGUCUUUCCCGGCUCGAUGGCGUUGUUAAUUCGCUGGAGAAGCACCGAGCAUUGCAGCGUAACAUCACAUCAGAUCAGGAGUUGGCCGCUGAGAAGGAUGAGGACAUGAGGACUUUGAUGCAGGAGGAAAAUAACGUGUACACAGAUUUGUUGCGCAAACAGGAGGAUGCAAUGCUGCAGGAACUGCUAACACUCGCCGACGAUGAAGUAUAUCCGGCGCUGAUCUUUGAGGUGAAUGCCGGCGCUGGUGGACAAGAGGCCAUGCUAUUUGCCCAGGAGCUGUACGACAUGUACACUGGAUAUUUUGAGCACAUGGGCUGGGAGUACGAAGAGUUUGCCCACGAGACGACUGACAUUGGUGGCCUACGGCAUGCCAAUCUGCUGGUCCACGAUCCUGAUGCCUACAAUUGGCUGCGCUACGAGGCGGGAGUGCACCGGGUGCAACGUGUGCCGGCCACGGAGAAAUCUGGACGCAUCCACACCAGCACUGCUUCCAUUACGGUCAUUCCCCGACCCGCCGAUGUGCACGUGCAUAUUGCCGAGAAAGAUCUCAAGAUUGAGACAAAGCGGGCGAGUGGAGCAGGUGGACAACAUGUGAAUACCACAGAUUCAGCGGUACGCAUUGUGCACCUACCCACGGGCAUGGCUGUUGAGGCGCAGUCGGAACGUUCACAACUAAAGAACCGCGAGUUGGCCAUCAAGCGUCUCCAGGCGAAGCUCAUGCAACAGCAGCUGGAGAGUGCCGAGGCGAGUACACAGGCGACCCGCAAGGCGCAACAGGGCAACCUCAAUCGCAAUGAGAAGAUUCGCACCUACAAUUUUGUGCAGGAUCGCGUAACGGAUCAUCGGGUGCAACAGGGCGGCACACUGCACAAUCUGAGUGGCUUCCUGGAGGGCGGACAGCAGCUCAGCGGGCUCAUCGAACGUCUGCAGUUGGAACAGCGCAGGAGCAAGCUGGUGGAGCUGCUGGAGACGUGGCAGCCUCCACAACAAGCAGCCGAUAAAAACUAAAUGAGUGCUCAGCGAUUAUUAAUUAAAAUCUAAUUAAUUAUGA